UGGAAUGACAUGGGGUCUUUCACCAACCUGGAGAACUUUAACAGCAGAAACACUGUAAACUGUUCAUAUGAUCAUAUGACCCCCUUCGCUGUACUUCUGGUUGACGUGGCACAAAUCAAUGCUCAGCAGUGGAAAAUCCUGUCCUAUAUUAGUUACAUAGGUUGUAGUCUUUCAUCUUUUUUCUCAGCAGUCACCAUCUUCCUCUACGUUUUCAUGAAGAGCUCAAACAGAGACAGUUCCAUCCGUAUCCAUGUGUCUUUGAGUGUAGCCCUUUUCCUCCUCAACACCAGCUUCUUGUUCAUCGAAUGGGGAGCCACUUGGUCUCAUGACAGUGUGUGCGUCUUUAUAGCAGUGAUAAUACAGUACAGCCUCCUGUCCUGUUUCUCUUGGAUGGCCAUUGAAGCCAUACACUUGUACUUGCUUCUAAUCAAAGUGUUCAACACCUACAUCAAGCACUACAUGAUCAAGCUGUCCCUGUUUGGAUGGGGAGUGCCUGCUGUCCUUGUUGGAGGAAGUCUGUGUGUGUUUGGCAGUAAGCCCUUUUAUGGCCCCACACCAGUGAUAUUAUCUAACUCAAAUGAAACAACUAAUUUAUGCUGGAUUACUGACAUUCGCUUUCUGUAUGGCAUGAACAUCCCCUACUUCUCAUUAACAUUCCUGUUCAACACAUGCAUUCUGGUGAUAGUAACGCAUCAGAUCUUUAAGCUGCGAUGCUUGAAUGUCAGUAAGCUCCCGUCUCAUAAGGACAUUUGCACUGUCCUGGGUCUGACCUUCCUCAUGGGAAUGACAUGGGGUUUGGCUUUCUUCACCUCAGGUUACACAAACUACUUCAUUCUUUACCUCUUCUGCAUCUGCAACAGCCUGCAAGGGUUGUUUCUCUUCCUGUGGUUCUGCGGUACAGUGAAGAAGAACAGGCAUCUGAAGGCACAACCUUCAUCUAUCUCCGAGCCGGCCAGUGCUUCAGCCAAGACUUAUGAAAGCAGCUUUUCCCACUGAUCAGAUAUUACGUGUCAUUUACUGGUGAUGUGGUAUCUAUAUACUGAUAGAUAUUAAGACAAGAACAGAAACAAGUUAUACAAGUUAUUUAAAACUUACUUCAUCACCUCACUCCGUAACCCAUCAGGAGUUUCAACAUCAGUUGCACAGUUCAUUCUUUCCAUUGUGAGCCACUGAGUUCCUUAUUAUCAACACUACAAAAGUACAUUGUUUUAGAGAAAACAUAGUGUGUAUAACAUGUAUAAUGAUCCUACGUUUUAGACUGAGUAAUUAUUAAUUCUUCAUCACCUCCACUUUUGACUACUCUGAACUGAUCUGAUAUUUUGGGUUUACAUAUGAAGUAACUUUAUCCUUAAACUACUUUAAAGAAAUUGUGUCUUGUUGUGUAAGUGAUCACAUUGUAUAUAAAUUUUUAUAUGAUUAUACAGCUCUCUUAUACUGUGUUAAAGUGAUGCUGUUAUAUAGCAUUAUAGUGACUCGAACCCUGAUUCUUUGAGCUAAUUUCAGAGUAGCCCCUGCUGGCCAUACUGGACAUUAACUUCACUUGUGGAUGUGUUUGGGAUAGGAUGGACAAACUGUUCAUUGAACAGCAUAGCAAUAUGAAUUUCGUCAUUUCAUACUCUUUAGUAACUUAAACCUAAAGUUAAGCAGUCCACUAUAAACUGUACUUUAAAUAUAAAUUUAACUGUAAAAAUAAAAAAAAUAAAUCAUGGG